UGUGUUGCUUUUUUCGGCUGUCGGAUAUUUAUCAUUUAACGAUGGCUGUUUCAGAAAAAGUUAUUUUUGCGUGCAUUUAAACUAUCCAUCAAGUGUGCAGUUAUGUAAAACUUCUUAAAAAUUUAACUGGAAAAACUUUUUUUGUACGUUUGGCAAUGUUAAACCAAUGAACCCAUCAUGGCAACAGUUUCUAUGUUUACGUUGUGUUGGUUUUAAUCACGCAAAUUUGGCUGAAAUAAAAUUUUAACGUUUUGGUUUAUGUUAAUUAAGUUUGUUAUACAGUUUUCAUAUACGCUAAAUAUUUUGACGCUUAGAGAUACGUCAGAGUAUAAAGAGAAGAGGGAAUUAGCAGGUUCUUAGAAUAUAAAAUGCUUUCUUUGACAGAAUAUUUUCAUAAAAAUAAAGCAUACGCCGAUUAUGAACCGGAGAUUAGUAACAAUUCAAUGUAUUCUAUUCGUUUUUUCAUCAUAUUGCUAAUUGUAUGGAGUUUAUCAUUCUUUCUUGCUUUUACUGCUUUAUCGAAAAUAACAUCUUUUAGAAACGCGCUAUUGGAAAAUAUUUUGCCAGCAAAAGCAAACGGGUUUCCCGUUGACUUGGUGGAUGACUUUUAUAGUGCCCUUAGAGAUAUGCAGAUAAACAAAAACGUUUUAUCAAACAUAAGCAAAAGUCUGUUGGAAAUUUCAGAUGAAACGCUAAAUAUCACCAGAGAAAGACAAUGCAGUCCAGAUAAAAAUAUAGUGUUUCUUAAAACUCAUAAAACUGCCAGCAGCACAGUCACAAAUAUACUAAAUAGGUACGCGGACUUACACGAGCUUACUGUAGCUUUACCAAGCAUGGACAAUACAAGGUUUGAUUGGCCGCGUAAAUUUCAUUGGUCAAGCGUAGAUUUACAAAGGUUAGAUGGUACUCCGGCAAAUAUUCUAUCAAACCAUGCAAGGUAUAAUCGAGACCAAAUGAAAUUAAUAAUGGAAGAUAACUCCAAAUAUAUCAGUAUUAUUAGAGAUCCAGUCAGCCAGUUUGAGAGCUCGUUUUACUAUUUUGAGUUUGAUAAAAUUCUUGGCUUGAGUAAAAUCCCGAAUCCAAUUGAAGAGUUUUUAAAGUAUCCCGACGAGUAUUUGUAUAAUUUUACUAUUCUCAUGGGUGAUCUUCCUGAUACAUUAAACUUACUUCAAUCAGGAAUGUUUUAUGAUUUUGGAUACGACUUCAUGGACUUGGAGGAUACUAAAGGAAUUCAGAGGGUAUUAAAGACAUUAGAAAACGAGUUUCAACUUAUUCUUAUUACAGAAUAUUUUGACGAAAGUCUUGUAUUACUUAAAAAAGAGUUAUGUUGGCAAACCGACGACAUUUUGUAUAUAAAACAAAACCAAAGGUUAAAAAAAGGAAACCUAACAGCUCAUACAAAACAAAGAAUUCAGCAGUGGAACCGAGCUGACGUAAUGCUUUAUCAGCACUUUAAUGAAACCUUUUGGAGAAAAAUUAAAGAUUAUGGAGAUUCUUUUUGGGAAGAUGUUAAUGAGUUCAAAAAAGAAAAUAAAAAGUUUGAAAAAAUAUGCUCACCGGAAAAAAUUACAACAAAAGGUUUUGGAAUAAAUGUCGACGUAAACAGUUUUGUGAUGAACCCUAAAGUGGAUCGUUUUCACAGAUAUCUAUGUGAAAAAGUUCUCAUGAACGAAGUAGAAUAUUUAUCAUACUUUAAAAAAAAGUUUGGAAAAAAUUUUGGUUAUCAAAAUCUUUUAGUUGCUCAAGGUAUGAAACCAAUAGACAGAGAAAGAACGUUGCAUUCAAGAUUGAAAAUAAAAAAUGGACCUAAAUUUUUCAAGUUGCCUAUAUCAUCGCAAAAACAGGGUAGUAAAUUAAACUUUACAGCAACGUCAGAGCUUAAGGCACAAAUGAAAUUAAUUGAAUAAUAUUUUAAUUGUUAAAAAAAUUUUUUUUUGUUACUGUUUCUAUUUAACACUGCGUAUUUACUAAUUUUUUAUAUACCUUUUACAUUCCGUAUAACAUUUUUAUAACAUAAGUUAUCUUUAAAUUUUUUUAUAAUAUUUCUACUAAAUGCAAACCCUCACCCCAUCCUUCAGUGUCAUCGGCUCUGAAAUGUUAUAAAAAUUCCCUACUUUAGGUUUCUCCAUUUUAUAACGUCAAUAGAUGUUUUUAUAUCGUGGGGUUUUAAAGUAAAGCCUCACUUUCAAAUAAAGCUAAAU